AUGAACCCGGAAACCAAACUCAUCCUCGACGAACUCCACAGGCGCUUCACCGAUCAUGACCUCAAGUGGGAUCAGCGAUUCGAGGACCAGGAGAAGCGCUUGGGUCGCCAGAUCAAGGAUCUAGAGCAGGCGCAGGACGCCCGCGUCUCUGCUCUAGAGAAGGCGGCAGCGUCGUUCGACGAGUGGCGGCCGAGCAUCGAGGGCACCGUUGACGACAUUCGCCUCGAGGUGAAGAAGAUCUCACUCGGUUGGGAGUGCGCCAGCAUCGCCCACCCGGAAGACAAGUCCGGGUAUCAUGGGAAUUCCAAUUCCAAAAUUCCUAAGGUUGAUUUUCCUAGAUUUGAUGGUGAUCAUCCCAAGCUAUGGCUCAGUGAUUGCUUAGAUUACUUUAGCCUCUAUCAUGUUGAGUCCACUUCAUGGGAGGACCUGAGCGCGCCGUGGAAGCCGGAGGUUCGCAAGUGGGACAUAUCGUCCGGAGCCAAGCCGUUCGCUAGGACGGCCCUGCCUCUACCUCUACCACCGGCACGCGUCGACAAACCUGCGGCGCCGGUGGAACUCAAGCCUGCUCCGGACAUCGGCCAAGCUCCAUCUGUUGAUGAAAGAUGGGCGGCCCUGCGUUCGCUCAGGCACUCUCAAGGGCUGUGUUUCCGCUGUGGCAGUAAAUGGUCACGGGAUCACAGGUGCCCUCAAGCUGUUCAACUUCAAGUAUUGGAGGAAGUUUUGGGAUUAUUCUCGUUGGAAGAAUCAGCCGAGCCUUCUGACGCGGUGGUUGAAGAAUCUGAACCAGCAUAG